AGCCGCACAUCCUGUUCGCCAGUGGAGCUGUCGCCGCGGAAGGAAGACAAUCCCCCGAAUCUAACUUUUUAGCCCCUCUGGUAUGGACUAACGUCAACCGUCAAGAAAUGUUUACUUUUGCCACUCUCGCGAUUGUAAUGACGGCAGGUAAAGGCGCGCGCAAUGACGAGUCGUAGUACUAGAAACAGGAAAAGAGCUGACCCUGUCGCACAUCGCGGAUGAAGGAGAGAACGACGGCACCUGCGGCAAGGGUUUUGGAGUUUGCGGCAACACUCAUCGGAGUGGCCAGGGCAGGGAUGGAAAGAUAAAGACCGUAGUCCAACUGUAGCUUUUGUCUUUUUGUCUGACUAUUGUGCUCUGAGCAAGAUGACUCCUCCCCACGCUUGAGGAGAGAGUGGCUCCAAGCCCAAGAUCCUAAAACAACAAGUAGCUCAUGUGUCCAUCAUCUCUGGGAUGCCAGUGAGCAAAGACCAGGCAGCCUGCGCCACUGCAAGCACAAGCGAAGAGGAUGACAUGACAGAAGGAGAUCUGGGCGAUGGAACAAAAACAAAACCCAAGGAGCUGAACCACGAGAUGAAGCACCAAGCUCGGAGCAGGAGCCAGGGGGACUUCCAGGAGCUGCUUUCUCCAACUUCUCCAACUGUGCAGUCUCCUAAGAGGCACAGUGUUGGAGGAGGUGCAGGCAAGGAGAACUUCUCCUUUGGGACAUCCAGUGAGGUGUGCAGUACUUCAAGACAAGAGUUGUAUGGAGGACAGCUCUCCUGCAAGGAGAGGGGAUUGGAAAGCUAUGAGGAGCUGCAGAGGAAUCUACAGGAGGUCACAGAGGAGGUGGAGCUGUUGCGCUCAGAACUGGAGGUGACACACCGUCGCCUGGAAGGGAAGCACGAAGCUUUGAAAAUUCUCCAGGGGCAUGCAAUCUUGGACAAAGCAACUACUCACAAAGAGGUUUUACUUCAAAAGAGUGAGGAAAGGACCAAGGCCUUGGAAAAAGAUGUCAAUGCAUUACAGUGGGAGAUAAACUUCAAUCAGGUCAGCUUUAAGAACCAGGAACAAACCUGGGAGGAAAAGUAUGAAAGGGUAUGUUCAGAGAAUCAAGCCUUGAGUGAAAGCCUUGAGGAAAGAACAAAGGAGACACACACACUUAGGACCGAGAACUCCGCUUUGAACCAGCGAUGCCUGGAGCUGCUGGCCAUGCUGAGUGCCCAGGAGAGGAGUGACUUCCAGGGGACACAGCCGCCCACGAACCAGGCCAGAGAUGGCUCAGUGCUGGAGCUGGCUGUCUAUGGGGCGUGCCAGUGCCCCUCUAGUGAGAGUGAGCCCUGCCAAUGUGCCAAGAGUGCAGCUGCCAGCCGGAAACAGGUCUUACAACUGAAACAGGAGCUGAAGACUCAGAGGAGGAAGAUGGAGGAGGCGUUUGUGAUGGCCGAUGCCUUCAGGAUAGCCUUCGAACAGCAGCUGAGGAGAGGCAGCGAGCACGUUCUCCACCUGGCGGAGACAGACACGUACAAGGCUCUCAAGAAACACAGGGGGAAACACAAACCAGGCUCGGCAAGCUUUGGAGAACGGUUAAAAGGCCUUCUUCCGACUAUGGAGGGGACGAUCUCAAAAGACCCAUAUGAAACACUACAUAUGCUACUCGAUCUGCUAAGCGAUAAGGAAGAGGCCCUGGCCCACCAGAGGAAAGUGAGUUACAUGUUGGCGCGCAACACAGAGGACCUCGAGAAACGUCUGCACACUCAAGAGGAAGGAGGAGGAAACAGCCUCCAAAGGGACUCCAAAACUAGUGACAAUGGCCCAGUGGCAGCAGCAGAGGGUGACAUGGCCGGCGCCGGGGACUCUAAAGGGGACUGUGGAUGCCAACACUCGACUGAGAACCACAGCUCCCUCAGCCCCGAGUUUGAUGACGUCCAAGAGACAAAUCACAAAAGUUGAUGGCAUAUAAAAUGUAUAAACUGUACAAUAGUAAAUUUAGAGGAUGUGCAAUAAAUCAAGGGCAGAAUAGAGUUUUGUACAUUUUUUGUAAAAUUAUCUUUAAUAAUGUUCUCUCUGUUCUCAUAUUAUAAAUAAAAAUAUAUAUUUAAUUUGAAA